AGUAGCCAUUUUGGUCCCACCUAGAACAGACCCAGCCGCUUCACUUCGGGCCGCCGGAGAUGGAAGAAACCGAGCCGACGGCGAGCGUUUCAGCCUUCCGAAGCUCCUGAACCCCUCCGACAAACCUCCAGUGGUGACUCUCGACGCCAUGGCUCAUUUCUAGACCGAGUGGUUGAGCAGAAAACCCAGAAGAAGAAAGAAGAAAGCCUGUGGCGAUUUUUUUGGAAGUGGCGACCGACCGACAGGCAGGCAGACAGCGCCUUGACGGUAGUUGAGUUUAGCUUCACCGACGCCGGACACUGAUUUACCGUCUGGAGGCCGUGGACCCCGAACACUCCUCUGCUGUUAGUAUGCUGGUUGUCGCGGAGGUUUUGUGGCUCUCCGACGGUUCGGCUGCUCGGCUCUAACGUCCGGUCUCCCCUGAACACUGUCACGAUCCAUGCUGAGCCCGUCGGUCCGGACGGAGCCGCAACGCCAAGCAACGACCUCGGCUUGAUUUCGGACCGAACUCGGAGGAUUCGGGACUUCAGACAGACUCUGGUUGAAGAAGGACGAAUAACGAAGAUGUCAACAAAAACUCCUUUACCCACCGUCAACGAGAAGGUGACGGAAAGUCACACGUCUCACAGUAAUGGACGUCAGGAGAUCAGCUCGCGCUCGACUCGGACCGGCGUUCGGUCCCGGAGCUCCGAGGAGCCUCAGCAGCCCCACGUCGGCAACUACCGGCUGCUCAAAACCAUCGGCAAGGGCAACUUCGCCAAGGUCAAACUGGCCCGGCACAUCCUCACCGGCAGAGAGGUGGCAAUUAAGAUAAUAGACAAGACGCAGCUGAACCCAAACAGCCUUCAGAAGCUCUUCAGAGAAGUUAGAAUAAUGAAGAUCUUGAAUCAUCCUAAUAUAGUGAAGCUUUUUGAAGUGAUCGAGACGGAGAGGACGCUCUACCUGGUGAUGGAGUACGCCAGUGGUGGAGAGGUGUUUGACUACCUGGUUGCACAUGGAAGGAUGAAGGAAAAAGAGGCCAGAUCUAAAUUUAGACAGAUCGUGUCGGCCGUGCAGUACUGCCACCAGAAGCACAUCGUUCACAGGGACCUCAAGGCCGAGAACCUGCUCCUCGACGCCGACAUGAACAUAAAGAUCGCCGACUUUGGCUUCAGCAACGAGUUCACUCUGGGCAACAAGCUGGACACGUUCUGCGGGUCGCCGCCGUACGCAGCGCCGGAGCUUUUCCAGGGGAAGAAGUACGACGGUCCGGAGGUGGACGUCUGGAGUCUGGGGGUGAUUCUGUACACGCUGGUCAGCGGGUCGCUGCCCUUCGAUGGACAGAACCUCAAGGAGCUGCGGGAGCGUGUGCUCAGAGGAAAAUACAGAAUCCCCUUCUACAUGUCCACGGACUGCGAGAACCUCCUGAAGCGCUUCCUGGUGCUGAACCCGGGCAAGCGCGGUACUCUCGAGGUGAGGGAGGACGCAGAAAAUCAAAUCAUGAAGGAUCGAUGGAUCAACGCCGGGUUUGAGGAGGACGAGCUCAAGCCUUACACUGAACCGGAGCUGGACAUCACGGAUCAGAAGAGAAUAGAUGUGAUGGUGGGGAUGGGCUACAACCUGGAGGAGAUCCAGGACUCUCUGGCCAAGAUGAAGUACGACGAGAUCACGGCCACCUACCUGCUGCUGGGCAGGAAGGCCUCCGAGCUGGAGCCCAGCGACUCGGCCUCCAGCAGCAACUUGUCUCUGGCCAAACCGAGACCCAACAGCGAGGUGAACGGCCAGUCACCGUCACACCUCAAAGUCCAGAGGAGCGUCUCCUCCAACCACAAACAGAGGCGCUACAGCGAACAAGUGGGUCAGAACGUCCCCCCGGGGAUGGCCCAUCCUAAGAGGAGUCAGACCACCACGGCGGAGAACAGCGCCAAGGAGGACGGAGGAGUUCAGCUCCGUAAGCCGGGCACCACGGGCAGCCGCGGGGCUCCACCCUCCAGCCCCCUGCUGGGCAACGCCAACAACCCCAACAAGGCCGACAUCCCCGACCGCAGGAAAGGAGCCACCACCGGCCCCAGCAAUAACCCGGCGUCGGCUGGCAUGACCAGGAGGAACACGUAUGUCUGCAGCGACAGAAACAACACGGAUCGUCUGUCCGUCAUCCCCAACGGGAAGGAGAACAGCAUGACUGAGAUGGCUUGUGCCACUAGCCCCUCCUCUGGCUUUGCGGCCGCUGCGUUCGGUGCCUCGUCCAGUUCGGUGCGGCUGAGGUAUCAAACCGUCGGCCCUUUGUACGCUUGCCAGGCAGGCUGGGCCACGCUGCCCCACUCCUACUACGCUCUGGACUACUGCUCGCCCAACAGCGUGGCCGUGUCGCCCGGCGGUCAGAGGAACCCGGUGGCGUCGACCCACAGCAUCGCCAACGCCACCACGCCCGACCGCCUGCGCUUCCCCCGGGGCACCGCCAGCCGCAGCACCUUCCACGGCGGCCAGCUCAGAGACCGGCGCACCGCCACCUACAACGGUCCGCCGGCGUCGCCCACGCUGUCCCACGACGCCACGCCGCUGUCCCAGACCCGCAGCCGUGGAACCAGCAACCUUUUCUCCAAACUCACCUCCAAACUCACCCGCAGAAACAUGUCAUUCAGGUUUACCAAAAGAGUCUCAACCGAGUUUGAGAGAAACGGGAGACUUGAGGGCUCAAGUCGCCAUGUACCUGGGGAUCAAAAAGGGGAAAAUAAAGACAGUAAACCCCGCUCCCUCCGAUUCACUUGGAGUAUGAGGACCACCAGCUCCAUGGAGCCUUGCGACAUCAUGCGGGAGAUUCGCAAGGUGCUCGACGCCAACAACUGCGACUACGAGCAGCAAGAGAGCUUCCUGCUUCUUUGCGUCCACGGCGACGGCCGGGCCGAGAACCUGGUCCAGUGGGAGAUGGAGGUCUGCAAGCUGCCCAGACUCUCCCUCAACGGGGUCCGCUUCAAACGGAUAUCCGGCUCAUCCAUCGCUUUCAAAAACAUUGCUUCCAAAGUUGCCAACGAGUUAAAGCUAUGAACAAAAAGGGUUUCAAAGGUAUACAUAUAUAUGUAAAUAUCCAUAUAUGUAUACAUAUAUAUAUAUAUCUAGAAGUAUUUAAGCUGUACAAUCAUCCAAGUAGCAGUUUCCAAAUGUCUCCUUUUUUUAAACAGAUCCAGAGUACGUAUUGAAUAUUAUAAUGUAUAGAUUAAGGCUUUUGGCAAUAAUCACUGAAUUACCUACUAAUAUCUGUGUGGCCACACGGGGGCGACAUUAUAAUAUGAUUUGUCAUGCUGUGAAUGUGGACAAAAGAAGCAUUUCUGGUCUUAUUUAUUUCAUUUUUUCUCUCCUCCUCCUCUUCUUCUCCUGGAAAAAGGACAAAUUUAACGUAGCGUUUCUGUUUUCAGUGUAAAUAAUGUAUCUUACUUUCAACACGGCUUCACUGCAGUACUCCUUUUGGUUCUCUUUUUUUCUUCUUCUCUCUCUUUUGUAUUUCGUUAAAACGUAGAGAUGACGGGGAGUCCGUGUAAAACGCCCACAUGGUUAAAGGGUCACUCAUGUCUCAAUUAAAGUGUCUGUCCAACGCCAA